AUGACCAGUGCCAAAGACCAGCCUGCGGGCUUUACGAACCAGAUCCAGCAUGUUGCUAUCAUCGGGGCCGGCGGCUCCGUGGGAAAAUAUAUAGCAGAAGCAUUACUCCAAACCGGCAAACACACCGUGACAGCCGUGACACGAGCAGAGGGGACGAACCCCCUCCCCGCCGGCAUGCGCAGCGUGACAGUCGACUACGACGAGGAAGAUAGUCUGGUGAACGCCCUCAAAGGCCAGGACUGUCUCAUAAUCACGCUGGCAGUCACAGCCCCAAGAGACACACAGACAAAACUGGUGGUUGCCGCCGCGAAGGCGGGCGUGAAAUGGGUGAUGCCUAACAUCUGGGGGUGCGAUGUGCUACACACCGGUUUGGCACAGGACAUCCCCGGCUGGAACGAGUCCCGGAAGUUCCUGGCAGAUGGGAUGGUUGAGAAAGCGGGUUUGGCGUGGGUUGGCCUCGUCUGCGGCUUCUGGUACGAACAUAGCCUGCUGUUGGGACCGGAUGGGUUCGGCUUCGACUUUGCCCGCAAGAAACUCGUCUAUUUUGACGACGGUACCACUCGCAUCAAUAUCAGCACCCAGGCUCAGUGUGGUCGUGCGGUUGCCGCUCUGCUUAGUCUGAAGGUUUUCCCGGAAGACGCUUCUUCUUCUUCUUCUUCUUCUUCUUCUUCUUCUUCGCUGACGUUGUCUCACUGGCGGAACAAGACCGUAUACAUCUCUAGCUUUCUUUUGAACCAACAGGAUAUGUUCGCCAGCUGGAAGCGGGUGACUGGUGACUCGGACGCCGACUGGUCUGUCGAGCAUGAGUCCAGCAGCGAACGUUACGAGCGAGGAUUCGCCCUGCUCAGGGCUGGCAACCCUGCCGGGCUCGUCAGGGCCAUGUACUCGCGUGUGUUUUAUCCGAACGGAGGCGGCGACUUUGAGACCCUGCACGGGGUAGACAAUGCCUUGCUUGGUCUUCCUGUCGAGGAUCUGGACGAGCAGACUCGUAAUGCGAAGGCGAUGGUCGAUCGGGGAUACAACUACCGGACGAACCGGAACUAG